GAGAGGCACAGAGGCAGAGGACAGGAGGCAGAGAUGGAGGCGCUGGGGGGCCGCAUGGGGAAGCCUAAUCCGCUCCUCGAGGCCGGCUUCUGCUCCCGCAUCUUCUUCUGGUGGCUGAAUCCAUUGUUUGUUAUUGGUCAUAAACGAAAACUAGAAGAAGAUGAUAUGUAUCAAGUACUCACGGAAGAUUCCUCUAAGGUGCUGGGGGAGGAGUUGCAGUGGUACUGGGAGAAAGAGGUUCAGAAGGCUAAAAAAGAAGCAAGAAUGCCACAUUUAACCAAAGCAAUUAUGCUGUGCUACUGGAAAUCAUACUUAAUGUUGGGAUUUUUCACAUUGAUUGAGGAAACAUUCCAUGUUAUUCAGCCAGUGUUGCUGGGAAUGAUGAUUGCUUAUUUUGAAAACAUUGACUCCCUCGAUGAUCAUGACCAUGCUUUGAAAUACGCCUACAUCUCUGCAGCAGCCUUAUCUGCAUGUACCUUCGUUUUGGCCAUCUCUCAUCACCUGUAUUUUUACCAUGUACAACGUGCUGGCAUGAAGCUGAGAGUAGCCAUGUGCCAUAUGAUUUAUCGCAAGGCACUUCGUCUGAGUAAUACAGCCAUGGGAAAAACUACAACAGGUCAAAUUGUAAACCUUUUGUCAAAUGAUGUGAAUAAAUUUGAUCAGGUGACUAUUUUCUUGCACUAUUUGUGGGCAGCACCCCUUCAAGCAAUAGUUAUAACUGUACUUCUUUGGCUUGAAAUUGGCCCUGCAUGCCUUGCAGGGAUGGCAGUUCUGAUUAUUUUGCUUCCUGUGCAAACUUUCAUUGGGAGGCUGUUCUCCUCUCUGAGGAGCAGGACUGCAGCCUUCACAGAUGUGAGGAUCAGGACCAUGAAUGAAGUCAUAGGUGGAAUGCGGAUCAUAAAGAUGUAUGCCUGGGAGAUGUCUUUUGCUGAUCUUGUCAGCAGCAUCAGAAGGAAGGAGAUUUCCCUGGUUCUUAAGAGCUCUUACCUUCGAGGAAUGAACUUGGCCUCUUUCUUCAUUGCCAGCAAAAUAACUAUGUUCAUGACAUUCAUGACCUAUGUUUUACUUGGCAAUAUUAUCACUGCAAGUCGGGUGUUUGUUGCAGUGUCACUGUACUCUACAGUGAGACUGACAGUCACUCUUUUCUUCCCAGCGGCUAUUGAAAAAGUAUCUGAAGCAUUGGUCAGCAUUCGACGAAUCAAGAACUUUUUGAUCCUUGAUGAAGUUUCUGAGCUCACCCCACCUCUCAAAAGCAGUAAUGAAAAGGCUCUCAUUGUGCACGAUUUGACUUGUUACUGGGAUAAGACUCUGGAAUUACCAACACUUCAGAACAUCUCAUUUACUGUCAGACCGGGAGAGUUACUCAUUGUGAUUGGCCCUGUGGGAGCAGGAAAAUCUUCCCUCUUAAGUGCUGUUCUUGGAGAACUGUCUGCAAGCAAAGGUUUUAUAGACGUUCGAGGAAAAAUAGCUUACGUUUCUCAGCAGCCGUGGGUGUUUUCUGGCACUGUGAGAAGUAACAUACUCUUUGGAAAAGAAUAUCACAGAGAAAAAUACGAGAAGGUUCUAAAAGCCUGUGCUCUUAAAAAAGAUAUGGAACUGUUGGGUGAUGGAGACCUGACAAUGAUAGGAGACAGAGGAGUUACGUUGAGUGGAGGGCAGAAAGCGAGGGUUAAUCUUGCCAGAGCUGUGUAUCAGGAUGCAGACAUCUACCUCCUGGAUGAUCCACUAAGUGCAGUAGAUGCAGAAGUUAGCAGGCAUCUAUUUGAAAAAUGUAUCUGUCAGACUUUGCAGAGAAAGGUGUGUGUUUUAGUGACCCACCAGCUGCAGUAUCUACAGUCUGCAAACCAGAUCUUGAUUUUAAAAGAGGGUAUGGAAGUAGGAAAAGGUAUUUACUCUGACUUCCUGAGAUCGGGAAUAGAUUUUGCAUCACUUUUGAAAAAACCAGAAGAUGAUGAUCAGUUGCCACAUUCUGGAACCCCUGGACACGAGCUGCGAAGGAUCCGUACAUUUUCUCAGUCCUCUGUGUGGUCCAUGGAGUCUUCAGUUCAGUCACAGAAAGAUGGGGCUACAGAACCUCCUCCUAUGGAACCCAUCCUAACUGCACUGCCAGAAGAGAGCCGUUCAGAGGGGAAAAUUGGCUUUAACAUUUAUAAGAAGUAUUUUGCUGCUGGGGCAAAUUAUUUUGUCAUAUUUAUACUUCUUUUUCUCAAUAUUUUGGCACAGGUUGCCUAUGUGCUUCAGGACUGGUGGCUUUCUCAUUGGGCAAAGGAACAACAAAAGCUGAAUGUUACUAUAGAGGGAAACACUGGAAUAAACCAAACAAGAACUCUUGAUCUUGAGUGGUAUUUAGGAAUGUAUGCAGGUUUCACUGUGGUCACAGUACUGUUUGGCAUACUGAGGACUAUAUUGAUGUUUCACGUUUUGGUUAAUGCUGCUCAGACUUUACAUGACAGCAUGUUUCAGUCAAUUUUGAAAGCUCCAGUGCUCUUUUUUGACACAAACCCUAUUGGAAGAAUUCUAAAUCGUUUCUCCAAAGAUAUUGGCCACCUGGAUGACUUGCUUCCAUUAACAUUUCUGGACUUUGUACAGACUUUCCUUCAGAUUUGUGGUGUGGUAGCAGUGGCCAUCGCGGUGAUUCCUUGGGUUCUUAUCCCUUUAGUUCCACUACUUAUUCUUUUCAUCGUUCUUCGUCGGUAUUUCUUGGAUACAUCAAGAGAUAUUAAACGUUUGGAAUCCACAACUCGAAGCCCAGUGUUCUCUCAUUUAUCAUCAUCUCUUCAGGGACUGUGGACUAUUCGUGCUUUUAAAGCAGAGCAAAGAUUCCAAGAAUUGUUUGACGCUCACCAAGAUCUUCACACAGAGGCUUGGUUCUUAUUUUUGACUACCUCUCGAUGGUUUGCUGUACACCUAGAUGCCAUCUGUGCCAUCUUUGUGGCGGUGCUUGCCUUUGGUUCUUUGCUUCUUGCACGAACUCUAGAUGCAGGACAGGUCGGUUUAGCUUUGUCCUAUGCAAUUACUCUCAUGGGGAUGUUUCAGUGGGGAGUUCGACAGAGUGCUGAAACAGAAAAUCUGAUGAUAUCAGCAGAACGAGUAAUGGAAUACACUGACGUUGAGAAGGAAGCACCAUGGGAGUCAAAGAAGCGUCCACCAUUGGAAUGGCCAAAUGAAGGUGUUAUAGCAUUUGAAAAUGUGAACUUCACAUACAGCAUUGAUGGUCCUUUAGUGUUGAAACAUUUAACUGCUGUAAUCAAAUCCAAAGAGAAGAUAGGAAUUGUGGGAAGAACAGGAGCUGGAAAGAGCUCUCUAAUAGCUGCUCUUUUCCGGUUGGCUGAGCCCCAAGGAAGAAUUUGGAUUGAUAAGUAUUUAACAUCAGAACUAGGACUUCACGACUUGAGGAAGAAAAUUUCAAUCAUACCACAGGAGCCAGUUCUCUUUACUGGGACCAUGAGGCGAAACCUGGAUCCUUUUAGUGAAUACACAGAUGAGGAGUUAUGGAAUUCUUUGCAAGAGGUCCAGUUAAAAGAGGCUAUAGAAGAACUGCCUAACAAACUGGAAACUCAGCUUGCAGAAUCUGGAUCUAACUUUAGUGUUGGUCAACGGCAGCUGGUAUGCCUGGCCAGAGCUAUUCUGAAGAAGAAUAAAGUACUGAUUAUUGAUGAAGCAACAGCUAAUGUGGACCCAAGAACGGACGAACUGAUUCAAAAGACCAUCCGUGAAAAAUUUGCCCAGUGUACUGUAUUGACUAUUGCACACAGACUGAACACUAUCAUCGACAGUGACCGGAUUAUGGUUUUGGAUUCAGGACGGCUGAAAGAAUAUGAUGAGCCGUACAUUUUGUUACAAGAAAAGGAAAGCCUGUUUUACAAGAUGGUUCAACAAUUGGGUAAAGCUGAAGCUGACUCCAUAAUAGAAACAGCAAAACAGGCUUAUUUCAAGAAGAAUUAUCCUGAAGUUAUGCCAAGUGGUCAAGCAGUCACCAGAUCAGUAGAUGAUUCUCAAGGAUUAAUUAUUUUUGAGACUGCAGUAUGAUCCCAUGCGAUUAUGGUUUCAGGUUUUUUUUAAGGAGUAUGUAAUACUAAUGCAAUGCAAACCAAAUGUUGCUCUUAAUGGAAAAUGCUGUUUUUGCACUGAAUAACUACUUGUUAUAAUGGGGGGAUCAUGCCCCAUUCAUGUUGGUCAUUCAAUAUUUUUUUAAAAGAAAUGCAGAAUAUUUUGAACUAAGUUUGUUUAAAUGGUUGAUGAUGGGGGAUUAGUAAAUAAAGAUUUUCCCCACACUACAGCACAUGUUCUAAAACUGUUAGGCAAGGGAGGCAUGGGUGACCAUGACUUCCUCUCUUGUUUUAAAAAUGCCUUGACAGAGAAAAGCUGAACUGUAAGCUUCUAUUCCUAAUUGUUGCUCCUGGGUCAUUAAAUGGAUCAGAGGUUCAUUGCUCUUAAUACAGUGCAGCAGGAACAGAGAAAUGGAACUGGUGCUGAUAAGUCCUGCUGCUCUGUCAAUAUCACCUUUGGCCAGAGGUUGACCAGUGGCCUCACUCUAACUGUCAUGGCAUUGCUCUGAUGCCUCAAGCCCACAGUAUUAUAUUUUGGCCUACAUCUCCCAGUAUCCCUCAGCUAGCAUGACUGGUGGAAAAGUAACAUUUCCAUGUUUGGCUUAAACCUGAUCCAGAAGCCUAAGCUGUGAGGGACACCUUGUCUAUGUGCCUUGCCACACUUCACAUGAAAUGUAUCCCACCAGCCACACUGGUGGCUGGCUGCUCUGCUUUUGUGCCUCUGUUUCUAGCACUUGGGAGACAUAAGUCCAAAGUGGUGUAGUCAAAGUGGUGUAGUCACAUUAAAAUAUCAGUCCAUUUGACUGUUGUGGACCUAUUGGCAGAGCUUGGAAUAGUUACUUCCAGCUAGAAGAGUACUGUUUGGAAAGCAAUGUUUUCACACUAUGCCUGUUAGUAUAUUUAAGCCAAUGGUACCAGACACUUCUGACCUUCACUUUUGUAAUGCAUCUUCUCAGGUGGAAAAUAAAGAAUGUAUUUUUUCUAAUUUUGCAUUUAAAAACAAAUCUAAGAUGAAUGAAUGUUACUUUAUGAAAAGAAUGUAUAUUUAUAACUUCUAAACUGUAUCUGUGUAAUGUUCAUACAAAUCUUUUAAAAUGCCUCUACAAAAGUUUUCUUUCAAGAAAUGAGCAAUGUUACUUUUCUGGAGAUAACUUUUAAAGCAUGCCCUUUUUAUCUUGAUUUUGGUAAGAAGUAAAAUAAUGAGAUGGACACUUGCCACAAACAAUUGUACUUCAGGCUCAUAUAUACAGUAAUAUACUACUACAUAUAAAGGGGAUGAAGUUUAGCGCCAUUGGCUGCCAACAUAGUACUUUCAGGGGAGUAAAUCCCAACAGACUGUGGCCAAAAUCCUACAUUGUUGAGCAUAAUGUAAAAGUUUGACAUGUAGGAAUCUGCUACAACAAAAGACCAAGGAUAUCUUCCACCAAGAUCCAUUGGUUUUCUGGCGGACUCAAUGAAUGGUGUCAUGGGUCUACAUCUUGCCAUGGGAUUUGCUCUGCUUUUCACAAGCAGGGGAAUAGCUGUGUGAGGCAAGGCUGUCACAUUCCAAUGGAGAGCCGAGGAGGGGCUUUGGACUUUGACUAAGAUGGAGUGACCAAAACAACAACACUUACACAGCCAUAAAGCUACUACAUAUGUCAGUAACAAGAUGCCACCAUUAAGUACAGGUUGAGUCUCCCUUAUCUGGAAUUCCAAAAUCUGAAAUAUUCCAAAAACUAAAACUUACUUCAUGGGUGGCUAGGAUAGUGACACCUUAGCUUUCUGAUAGCUCAGUGCACACAAAAUUUAUUUCAUGCACAAAAUAAAAAUAUUAUAUAAAAUUACCUUCUGGAAAUUGUAUAAGGUAUAUAUGAAACAUAAAUGAAUUUUGUGUUUAGACUGGGUCCCAUCUUCAAGAUAUCUCAUUAAGUAUGUAUAUGAAAAUACAGGUAUUCCAAAAUCCAAAUAAAAUAAAUCUGAAAUCCCCAAAACCUCUGUUUCCAGACUUUUCAGAUAAAGGAGAUUCAAUCUGUAUUUUAAAAACCACCCCAGGGUUCCCUCCUCAUUUUUUCAAGCAAGUUAUUUUUUGGGAAUUACAAACAGCCUCUGCUCAGGAGAAGCCUUUAUUUAACAAUAAUGCCAUAAUCUGAAUUCUAAUUUGCUUCCUUGUUAAAUAAAGGCCUCUCUGGGCACUAGAGUGAGGUGGGGGAUAAACAAAGUAAAAUUGCCACCGGAUUGGGUUAUUUUGAGUUUUUAAAACUGGGAGAAAAAUCUGAACACUCUGGAGUUAUGACCCUCUAGGACUAGGUUCCUGCCAUUAUGACACCCCAAACCUUGGCAAUUCUCCACCUCUGAUUUAAGGGUCAGGGUAAUCUUUCUGAUGCCAAGCAGUUUUGCAGAUACACUCCUCACCCUGUUUUGUGUGUGUGUGAUACAGUAUCCCUUCCAGAUGAACUUUCUCAGGAUCAACACCUCGGCUUGGGAAAAGGUCAAGUCAAUUUUGAAUUACUGGUUGUGAACAUGCCACCAAAUGCUUUUCCUGUUACUACCUCUUUAAAAGAUAUGCUUUCUGAAUGUUCAAGUAAAAAUGACCAAGGAGUGCUAGAAUCACAAAACCAUUUUUAAACGCAGAUGCCUUGUUGAGACACAUAGAAGAUUUGUUCUUUGCUAUAAACCUGUAUAUGAGAGAAAUCCAGCUAAAGCCUCAUUUCUCGUGAUGACCAUUGUUGAAUGAUGGGGGGCUCUUAAAGACUACAUUUAUCUCUUCACAGAUUUUGGCCUAUAAUCAAGAGGCUGUAACUUUUGAAAUAAGCAACUUCGAAAGUAAUAUAUACCUGGUGGUUUAAAGCCUUGGUCUGUAAUAGUUAAAACCUCAGGUGUUCCAUAAGCUGUAUGGCAGAUUUAUAACUGGCCUAUCCAUUAGACAUACAACUGGUUUUAGAAAUAAAAUGUUGAGGCUGGAUGGGCAUCUUUCAAGAGUGCUAUAGCUGUGUAUUCCUGCAGAGCAAGGGCUUGGACUAGUUGGCCUUUGUGACCCCUUCCAAAACUAAGAUUCUCUGAUUCUAUUUGCAUAGUUUUGAUGGUACAAAAUAGUCUUCUGUACUAAGAAGCUAUGCAUAUAUUGGUUCAGUGGUGUUUAGCAUAAAUUAUUUCUCCCUAAAUUGAUUUGAGGGUGAGGUUGCCACCUCACAGAGCCGGAGCAAGAAACUCUGGUUUCUUCCUUCUGUCGAGAGACCGAGACGGAUCUUGCUGUAUCAGGUCAUAAAAGUAGCAUAUUUUACUUACUUGAAUCAAUUUGAUAUUGUAGCUUUUCGAAUGUUAACAAAAAUGCUAGGUAUUUGUGAGAAUGCUGUAUGUGCUGUUUUAACGUGUUUUGACAAGAUAAUCUUGCCUUCAUGCAGCCUGAUGUCAGUGUAAUAGAUACCGAAAUGAAAAACAGAGUUGGAGACUACCAACAAAUGAGCUAUGAAUCUUUCUCAGCUCCAUUAAAUAAUAGCUUUACAUUCUGUAAAGAGUGUGGAAGGCAUGACACAGAUCUAAACCCUUGCUUGGGAGGUGUAAUUGUUGAUACACAGCACACACCCUGAAUGUCAUACUCAUCACUUUUGGGGGUCCUCUGUAGUUUCGGGAUGGGCAAUACAAAGCAUUGAAUCUGACAGGAAAACCACACAUUACACAAUUAUGCAUUAAUAGAAAUGGUUUUGUUUCUGCAAGCAAGGCUUGGGUCCAGGUCAAUGUAUUUAAGCAAUAAUUGCUUUAAAUUGUUCUAUUUUUAUUUUCAGAACAUUGAGAAGUUGUCUAAUAAGGUCACAAACGAUUUAGUUGCAUUUUGAGAGAGUGGGUUUUAAAAAAUGGAAGCUGAUUUGCCUUCUAAGUUAAAUUUCAAAUCUGUAAGGAAGACUACCAUGAUUUAUCUUUUCAAACAUGCAAACAUAUUGAACUUACUGCUUUUUGUAUCUCCUCACACAUCCCUUUCCAAAAUGAUUUAGUUUAGCCCUUUAAAGCUGAGAGUAGACCUAACUAUGUCUUUGAAACUAACAGAUUCCCAAGGGAUGUUGAUACCACUGUCACCACAACCCUUGUUAAACAAAUUACAUAGAAAUUUGAUAUGGAAGUAGCAAUCUCUACACAACUGAAAAAGCAUAUAGCUUUAUUUUUUGUCACCAGUUGCCUUUAUAGUCUACUAAAGAUUUAUGGAAACUUAAAACUCCAAAUGGACAUGUUUGUGUGUCCUUAGGAUAAAGCAGCAGGAAUUGUUCUCAAAUCUUGCUUCCGAGUUUGUAAUAACCAAUAGUAAUAAUCUACAAAACAUUGCCUCUGGGGGGGGGAGACCCCCGCGGAAGGUUUGUGUAGCAAAACAAACACAGUUGAUUCUCUGAGCAUAUGAAAUGGAAAUGCUAGGAAGGGUCUGUGUUUUUUACCAAGUCAAUUAAUUUAUUGUGUAAUUGAAGUUGAUUAAGUCUUGAUUUGUUUCCUGGCUACAGAAAGGAACAAUUUAUUAAACUUGAGUAGCUAAAACAACAGAGUUGAAAACUGAAGGGCUUGCUUACAAUUAUUAAAGAAAGAUCUAGAGGCCUUCCAUUGCAUCAGAUUUUCUUUCCAGUCCUACUAUUUGAUGUACUCCGUAUCUAUAUUUUUGUUCCAUCUCUAAAAUGACUUAUUUAUGUUAAAUAAAAACAAUGGGCUUGGGAGAUGUCUAUUUUUUAUUUCUGGCAUACACUUCAGUUUUGUAAGGCAACUUUGUCCUUUUUAUGUGUAUUUCUAAUAUGAGUCUAUUUUAGUGUCUUUUUGUUUUUAUAAUAAAAGGUAUAUUUUUAAUUGACUAUUUUAGUCGCAAGACUUGUUACACUGCAAAAUCUGCCAAACAAUAAA